GUGUGUACACAAUGUUUGUGCAUCAGUGAAAUGCGCAAGUGCUGCGCAGCAAGCUCGCUCAUGACCACAACCAAACUUCCAGCCGAUGAGUUCCGUUCAAGAUGGCGUCCCAGCGCAGGAACUUAAUGCAAAGCCACCAGAGUUGGACGGACGAUCUGCCGUUAUGUCAGAUGUGCGGUGUCGGUACGGCUCCCAACACCGUCUACGGCCCGGACGGCAAAGGCACCCAGAGCCACCCCAAUGAAGACGGACACUUUCGAUUCCGAGGUGAGGAUGGCCUGUUCCUGUACGGGGUGUUUAACGGCUACGAGGGCAGCAGGGUGUCGAACUACGUGUCCCAGUGUCUCACCGCUGAGCUGCUUCUCGGGCAACUCAACUCCAGCCACUCUGACGCCGAUAUCCACAGGAUCCUCACCCAGGCCUUUGAUGUGGUGGAGAAAAGCUACUUUGAGACCAUAGAUGAUGCUCUGGCAGAGAAGGCCAACCUACAGGCCCAACUACCAGAGGGGGUGCCGUUCCACCAGCUGUCUCCCCAGAACCAGAAGCUGAGUGAGCGUGUGCAGGAGCUGGAGCAGGAAGUGUCUGGGGGUGCGGCCGCUGUGGUGGCCCUCAUCCUCAACAACAAGCUGCACGUCGCCAACGUGGGUACCAACAGGGCCCUGCUGUGUAAGUCCACAAGUGACGGUCAGAACCAGGUGAUCCAGAUCGGCCGGCCUCACACCGUGGAUAACGAGGAAGAGCUGCAGAGACUGACAGCCCUGGGUCUGGACGCGGGGCGCUUGAGGCAGUCAGGGCUGAUAGGAGGGCAGAGCUGCACCAGGAGGAUUGGAGACUACAGGGUUAAAUUCAACUACACAGACAUGGAGCUGCUCAGCACGGCCAAGAGCAAACCAAUCAUAGCGGAGCCAGAGAUUCAAGGUAGCCAAUCUCUGGAGGGAGUUACGGGGUUCCUGUUGCUGAUGUCAGAGGGGCUGAUCAAAGCCCUGGAGUCCGCCCACGGGCCUGAACAAGCCAAUCAGGACAUGGUUGCCAUGGUGGCCGCAGAGCUGGCCCAGCAGGGCAGCCUGGAGGCGGUGGCCAAGGCGGUGGUGGAGCGAGUGCGUCGCGUGCAUCACGACGUGUUCUCCAGCGGGCGGCAGCGGGCGGCGCUCUGCUCUCGCCAUGAGGACAUGACCCUGCUCAUCCGCACGCUCAACUACACCCUGCCAGACGGGACCCUGACCCCCACACAGGGGGGUCGUAUCUACCCUGUGUCAGUCCCCUACUCCAACAGCCAGAGCACCAGUAAGACCAGCGUCACCCUGUCCCUGGUCAUGCCUUCCCAGGGGACCCUCACCAACGGCACCAACACUGCCUCCACCCUGGAGGAGGGCACGCCCACGCCUGGCCAGAGCCCCACGGCCACCCUCCAGUCCUCCAACACCCAGACCCAGAGCUCCAGCUCCAGCUCGGGGGACGGGGGCAGCCUGUUCAGGCAGAGGGGAAGCCAGGCGGCCCAGCCGGACGAGACUGGCCGCGUGCCCCCCUACGUGGACUUCACCCACUUCUACCGGCUGUGGGGCAUGGACCACGGGGAUGCCACGCAGGGGGGACUGGGGCCCCAGUGA